AUGUCUGAAGAACAAAUUCAAGCACAUUUUGACGAUUUUUAUGAAGAUUUUUUCACCGAAUUGUGCAAAUAUGGAGAGGUUGAAGAGAUGCAUGUAUGUGAUAAUGUAGGGGAUCAUUUGAUUGGAAAUGUUUAUGCUCGAUUUAGAUAUGAAGAAGAUGCUCAGAAAGCAGUAGAUAAUCUUAACCAAAGAUUUUAUGCUGGACGGCCUAUUUAUGCCGAGCUUUCUCCAGUUACAGAUUUUCGAGAAGCUUGUUGUCGUCAAAAUGAAAACGCAGAAUGUACUAGAGGAGGAUUCUGUAAUUUCAUGCAUUUGAAAGAGGUAUCAAGAUAUUUAAAGAAAGAGCUUUUUGCCGCUCAAAGAAAUUAUUUACGCGAACAAAGGCGAGUUAAACGCGAUAAGAGCGAAGAAAGUCGACAUUCUGAAAGUGGAUCUUCGCCACCUAGAGAAAUAUCAUCUGAUAGAGUUGAUCGGGAUGAUAGAUCAAGAGAAAAAGAUCGGAAAAGCUCGCGUCGAAAUCGUCGGGAAGAUCGAAGGGAUAGUUAUGCCGAAGAUUUGCGAUACGAAUAUUAA